AUGGAUAAAUUAAUAUCAAACAAUAAAUUAAAAUUAAGUGUUGUAUUAUUAGGAGGAUUAUGUUCUCUUGCUUAUUAUCAUUUGAAAAAUAAAUUUCAUCUUUCCCAGUUUUGUUUUUCAAAAAAAUGGUUUAGUGAAUUUUCCAUAAUGUGGCCUGGUCAGGCAUUUAGUUUGAAGAUAAAGAAAAUAUUAUAUGAAACAAAAUCAAAAUAUCAAAAUGUGUUGGUUUUUGAAAGUACCACAUAUGGAAAGGUUUUAGUUCUAGACGGUGUAAUACAACUAACCGAAAAAGAUGAAUUUGCUUAUCAUGAAAUGAUGACACAUGUUCCUAUGACUGUUUCUAAAGAACCAAAGAAUGUUUUAGUUGUAGGUGGUGGUGAUGGUGGUAUCAUAAGAGAAUUAUGUAAAUAUAAAUCUGUUGAAAAUAUUGAUAUAUGUGAAAUCGAUGAAACAGUUAUUGAAGUAUCGAAAAUUUAUUUUAAGAAUAUUAGUUGUGGUUAUGAAGAUAAAAGAGUUAAUGUUUUUAUUGAAGAUGCAAGUAAGUUUUUAGAGAAUGUUACAAAUACUUAUGAUGUUAUUAUCGUAGAUAGUUCAGAUCCAAUAGGACCAGCAGAAACAUUAUUUAAUCAAAAUUUUUAUGAAAAAAUUUACAACGCCCUAAAGCCUAACGGUUACUGUGUCGCACAGUGCGAAUCACUCUGGAUACACGUGGGAACAAUUAAAAAUAUGAUUGGAUAUGCAAAAAAAUUAUUUAAGAAAGUGGAAUAUGCAAAUAUAAGUAUACCUACUUAUCCAUGUGGAUGUAUAGGUAUAUUAUGCUGCUCAAAGACAGACACUGGAUUAACAAAACCAAAUAAAAAAUUAGAAUCCAAAGAAUUUGCUGACUUAAAAUAUUAUAAUUAUGAAAACCACUCAGCGGCUUUUAAAUUACCAGCAUUUCUUUUAAAAGAAAUAGAAAACAUAUAA